AUGCCUUCUGCUCUCGAAGUGACCGCCGGCGCCUGGCUGCUGACCUCGAUCGGCCACACUGUCAACGGCCGAGACUGGCAGUCGCACGCCACCAUCAAGGCUCUGCCCCAGGAGCAGAGGACUUGCGCGCGCUCUGGCUGGUACCAGGGCAGCGGCUUUCUCUUCAUUGCCUCUCUCCUCAACUACUACUGGUCCAAGAACCCAGCUGUGCUCCAGGACCCGAUCCAAAAGGCGAUUGCUGGUCUCUUCAGCGCCAUUCUCGGCGUCAGCUCCGUCUUCUACGCUGCCAACGGCGUCACGGCCAACUCUGUCGUCACUGGUCUCAUUUCGGCGCUCCAGGCUUACGCUGCUUUCAAGGCGGCCAACUAA